GAAAAAAGGAGGGAAAACCCGGCGUAGUAGUGUUGCUGGACACGGACGGCAAACAGACGCCGCCGAGAGCUCGGGUCCGACCUGGAGAAAGAAUGAAGUGCGAAGCGCUCGUCGUGGCGGCGAUGCUGUGCGUAGCGCUCCUGGACCCCCUGGGCCGCCCUGCUGCUCGAGUCCAAGCCCAGGAGAACGCCUAUGAGGGGUCCGAUUACUAUGAGCAGCAGCAGAACUGCUCUGCGGAGGAGACCAUCGCAAGAGGAUCUGUGUCCUACUCACUAGGGGGCGCCCCUGGCAGCGUGCUCACCUACCACUGCGGCACAGGGUACUACCCAUUUCCUGUUAGCCAGAGGGUGUGCGACACGGAUGGGGAGUGGGCCACCAUGAGACUAGCGAGCGGAAGAAGGGUUACCCAAGCAACGUGCAAAGAGGUUCUGUGUCCGGCUCAGAUUCAGCUGGAUAAUGGUGAGUUUUGGCCCCGGCAACAGUGGUUUCAACCAGGGGAGACGCAGCACUUCUCCUGCCAUGACGGGUUCACCCUGUACGGAUCGGCUCUGCGAAACUGCACGGUCUCGGGGGUGUGGACUGGUACGACCCCUGCGUGUGAUGACCAAGUGUUUGAAGCCCGAUUCUGUCUCUGCCUUAUCCAGUGGAUGACUGCGCAAACCCAGGAACCCCUCCGGGAGCCCUGCGUUCCGGAAGCCGUUUCCGAAUUGGUGAAAAGGUCCAGUACCGCUGUCAGACAGGCUUGGACCUCCUGGGUUCGGCAGAGAGGGUUUGUCUGGACACACGGGUAUGGAGUGGGUCCGAGGCUCGCUGCAUGGGUAAGAGUGCCAAUGUGUCGGUUCUUGCCGCAAUCUCAGCUCAGCGCCAGUGUCCAUCGGGAAAGAAGUUCAUCCACCUCGGGCAAGCAAACAAACCUCGGCUCCAAACAAUUCCCCCUCACCAUUUUCUCUGCAGCUCAGUUCACCUUUGACUCCCCGGAGAUGGUGUCCCAGGCAAUGGCAGGCUCGCUCUCCAGCAUAUUUGAGGUCUCCUCCUCCAGCUUAAAAAGAAAAGUCUCCUUCGGCAGGACUAUCCAGGUUGCCGAUGGCCGUCUAAAUAUUUACAUCCUACUGGACACCUCGGGUAGCAUCAACAAGGAAAACUUUGACAGUGCCAAGAGUGCCACGAUCAGCCUUAUCCAAAAGCUCGACAGCUACGAAGUUGAUAUGAAGUUUCACGUCAUCUCCUAUGCCACCGACGUCAAAGUAAUUUUGUCCAUACGGGAUAAUUUCUUCAGCCCAGCAGACCAGGCUGUGGCCGAGCUGCAGAAAUUUCAAUAUAAAGUUGCUCAGGAGAUAGGACUGAGCACGAACAUGUACAAAGCCCUGCACAAUGUGUACGAGAACAUGGCCUUCCUUAAAGAAAAUUCCAGGAACAGAUUCAACGAGACGCAACACGUCAUACUCAUCAUAACAGACGGUUAUGUCAACAUGGGACUCGACCCUAUGAAAGCCGUGGUCAAGAUUCGUUCCCUGUUGGGCUUCCGCGUAGACAGCCUGGACCACACAUCUGAGAACCUCCUCGACAUCUACGUGUUUGGAGUCGGGGACUCUGUAAACAAGAAGCAGCUUAAUGCCAUUGCAUCCAAGAAGAUGAAGGAGGAGCAUGUUUUUAUUCUGAAAAAAUACAAGGACUUGGGAAAGGUGUUUGACAGCAUGAUCAGUGACUCUGGGGUGACCACAUGCGGUGUGGCAAAGGAGCUUGCCAAGUCACAGGUGGAGGACUACACCAGACCUUGGCAUGUGGAUGUCUUGAUGAGUAGUAAGAAGUUGGAGAACUGCAAGGGCUCCAUACUGACUCCAGACUGGAUCCUGACUGCAGCUCAUUGCUUCACUAAAAGCAUCGUGAAUAAUCCUGAGAAAGUGGAAAUUCAGCAUGGCAAUGGGAAGGUGAAAGCCAGUUCUGUGAUUCUUCACCCGCAAUAUGACCUUCGCCGUCUCACCAACAAGAAUGUGAGGGAGUUUUACGACUACGAUAUUGCACUUGUCAAGGUCAAUGAGAGCAUCAAGCUGUCAGAGAGAGCAAGGCCUAUCUGUCUUCCCUGUACAAAAUCAUCGAAUCGAGCUUUGAAAAUGAGUCCCAAUGCAACAUGUGAAGAGCACGAGAAAGCCCUGCUCGCUCUCGAAGAGACCCCCGCCUACUUUCUCACCCCUAAGAAUGCUGGGCACCAACGGAAGCUAACACACAUUCAUCUGAAGAGUAAGAGGCCGGACUGCAUUAAGCAUGCAGCCAUCACCUUGUCGCCAAACAGCACAGCGUCCGUGCAGGACGUUGUAACAGACAGGUUCAUGUGCACAGGAGGAUCAACGCAAUACAAAGACAGCCUGACCUGCAAAGGCGACUCUGGAGGAGCAUUGUUCCUCCAGGAAAGGAAACGAUAUUUCCAAGUGGGCGUGGUGAGCUGGGGCACCAAAGACAUGUGCAAAUACACAGACCACACAUAUUCAAGAGACUCCCCUCCCGAAGAUGCCCGUGAUUUCCACCUCAGCGUCUUCUCUGUGUUGCCAUGGUUACAAAACCACCUAGGCCAGGCGCUCGAGUUCCUGGCACCAAACAACUAAGAUGACACAUACAUUUACAGUUAUAUUUACAUUUAUUUACUUAGCAGACGCUUUUCUUCAAAGUGACUUC